AUGUCUGAUAUACCCGUUCGGCCGCCUCCGCCACCACCUCCACUUCCACCAGGAUGGACAGAACACAAGGCACCUUCAGGUCACUCCUAUUACUACAACACCGAGACGAAGAAGUCAACAUAUACUCGGCCCGUACCAGAGAUAGCGCAAUAUCAUCAGCCAACACCACCUGCCGCACCUGCUUCUUAUAGCGCAGCCCCAAACUACAGUGCCUAUCCCGAUGCGCAACCUGCGCAAAAUACCUUCCAGCCUCAACCGUCAAUCAACGACUUCAUUUUCGCAAGCGCGCCGAAACAGUUUCCGAAGCAUGGCGGAGCGCAACAGCAGGGACGCGGUGGGCAUCGUGGGGGGAUGCGCGGAGGGCAUAACAACUUCAAUGAUAGAAGGAGAGAAAAAGAUGACAGACCCAAGCAUCGCCAGGACAUUCCAAACUGUGCGCCAUGGGUAUUGGUGAAGACCAAGUUCGGACGGCGCUUUGUGUGGAACAAGGACACGAACGAGAGCUUCUGGAAAUUCCCGCCCAACGUCAUGACGGCCGUGAUCGAAUUUGAUCGAAGAGAGCGCGAGAAGAAGGAGCGUAGGGAGCGUGGCGAGCCGAGUGAUGUUGAGGAGGAUCAUGACGCCAUGGCUGAAAUUGAGGCAGAGUUGGCCGAGGCGGAAGAGGAGAUUGAGAUUGUCGAGGUAGAUGGCGAGGAGGGCAUGGAGAAUGAUGAAGAGUACGAGGAGGUCGAGGUUACGGAUGAUGAGGGCGAACAGAGUAAUGCGACAAAGCGACAGCGCACCGAAGAGCCGUCCGGCGACCAACCACAAGAAAUGGGCGACGACGACCUUGCGUGGCAACUGGCGCAAAUGGAAGAGAUGGAGAUGGGAGGUGAUUAUGACGAUCAAUACGACGACGAAGAGCCUGCAUUGUCUGAGGAGGACUGCAAGGCGCUCUUCAAGGAGCUACUGGACGACACAAAGAUAAGUCCAUUCACGCAAUGGGAUAAAAUUCUAGAAGACGGUGUAUUAUUCGACGACGAACGCUACAAGGCUCUCCCAACCAUGGCUGCAAGGAAAGAGUGUUUCAACGAGUGGUCACGCGACAAAGCCCAGUUUCUCAAGGAAGAGAAAGCUCGACAAUCGAAGCGCGACCCCCGGAUACCAUAUCUUGCCAUGUUGGAUCGUUACGCAACACCAAAGCUCUACUGGCCUGAAUUCAGGAGGAAAUACAAGAAAGAGCCAGAAAUGAGAGAUACCAAGCUCUCCGACAAGGACAAGGAGAAGCUAUACCGCGAUCACAUCAAACGUCUAGCCAUGCGAUCAUCAGAGCUCAAAUCAGACCUAUCCGCCCUCCUACGAGCACAGCCCCUUGCCCUACUCAACCGCUCAACUACUCUAGAUACUCUGCCUUCGGCUGUACUCAGCGACCUCCGCUUCAUUUCCCUUCCCCCGUCAACUCGGGACUCCCUCAUUACUACCUACAUCUCCACCCUCCCACCUGCGCCCGAAGGCGUAGUCUACUCAGCCGAAGAAGAAGCCGAACGUGCGAAGAAAUGGGCCGAAAGGGAAAGGAGAGAGAAGGCGCUUGCAGACCGCGAACGCCGUGUUAGAGAAGAAAAGAGGAAACAGGAACGUGAUUUGGAGUAUGGUAAAGGACGGUUACGCGAGGAGGAAAUGGAGAUUGAAAAGGCGAUGAAUGUGGGCAAGGAGGGGCUGAAGGCGUAUUUAAAAGAGUAG